AUGCGGAGCACACCCACAUACACUAGAGCUACCCUUAGCCGAAACCCAAGCUGCCUCGAGCUGUCUGGCCCCAUUGUCUUCCGCCAGCCGGCGAGCUCGGCUGGCGGCUCGAGCAGCGGACGCAAGCGCGGACGGGGUGACUCUGGUGCCGGCCUGGGCUAUGAGUAUGCCUGUGGCGGGCCGGCCAACAAGCGCCAGGCCGUCCUCGCCUCGCCGUCGGGCCACACAUCGCCGCCGCCGCCGUCGUCGUCAUCAUCGUCGUCCUUCCGCCGCCGCCGCCGCCAACCUCCGGCCUCGCCCGACCCGCCGCUCUCGCCGUCGGGCUUUGACUCGCUCCUGCUUGCGUCGCGCCUGCUUGCGUCGCCCCAGACGCCGACCGGGCGGACACCCAGUCCCGAGGCAUGCUUGACUCGGUCACGGCGGUCGCCCUCGUCGCGGCGGUCGGUCUCGUCGCAGCGCUCGGGCAGCUCGGCAAGCUCGCCGGCGCAGUCGCGCGGCCCAUCGCCGCGGGCUGUCAGCUCAUCGCCGCCGUCGGCGUCGCCACGGGCACGCAACCGGAAGCUCGACCUCGGCGAGGCUGGCGAUGGCGAUGGCGAUGGCGAUGAUCAUGGUGAGGAGGAGGCUGCUGCGCCUGAAACGGCGGUGGUGGCCAACCUCUCGCGCAAGCGCAUCGCCCCGAUUGGAGACCUGGAUUCGGACUCGCAGCCGCUGGUGCGGACGAUUGUGCAGGCUGUGGCCGGCGGCUUUGGCAUGACGACGGACGUGGUCCGGUCGACGUCCAAGAAGCCGCUGGUGCAUCUCGCGCGGCAGCUGGCGUGGUAUCUGCUGAUGAACCACACGGGGCUGACGCAGACGCGGGCGGCCAAGCUGAUGCACGUCAAGAACCACAAGUCGGUCUCGCGGGCGCUGCAGAACUGGACUGUGAAGCGGGCCCGGUGCGCGAUGCUCAGCGGGCGUUUCCCGCGGCCCGGCGAGGAGCGCAACGUAGGAUCGUUUGCCGCCGCCGUCGAGGCUCUCGCCGCCUUUGUCAAGGUCAACUACCGCAACUACUUGGCGUCGUUCACCACGACGGCGCUGCGGCAAAAGGCAUGA